CUGUACGUGAUUGUUACUUGGCUACCUUAAAAAUGAAAGUGUAUUUUCAUGUGGAAAGAACCACUGUACAUCUUUUGAGAACGCUGAUAGUGACUUAUGAAUCAUCUAAACAUUAAACUCCUGAUUUUGGCUUAUGAUUUAAUUUAAACAUCAAAUUAAGGAAUACCUAAAUGGGGACACCAACUGGUCUUUACUCAUUGAUACUAGACCUUUCAAAAAAGAGACAUGAAGUUAAUUCUUGGAGACUGCAAAACACAGGGUACCAGUUGGGCAUUAAAAAGCAUUAAAUUGUGAAAGGUCUGGCAUUAAAUUUCAAUCUUUCAAGGAAAAGUUUUAUAUCACCUCUAAGUUAGAACUUGUUUGCUGUGACUCACAGUAGGCUACUCUGCGCUGUGGGUGCCACAGAGUGUCAACAUACAGAUUAAAAGAUAUGGGCACUUAGCGGGGGCAUCAGCAUCACUGUUUGUCUUGUAUCCUAUCGUGAAUAAUGCUUUUCAGUUCACCAUGCAAGACUCAACAAUUACUCAACCAGAGAGCAACAGCAAACGUCAAGAGAUCACUAUAAGCUGAGGAGAUAAAGUGGAGCACGACACGACACAAAAUGACAAACACACCAGUCAGUCACUGACUCAAAAGCCCUUCAAACCCAACCACAGUAGAUUAAAGACAGUUUAUUUUACUCAUCAGAGAAUAAGCUUUGCACGUCUUUCAAGUUUUUUUCUGUUCCUCCUUGUCCUUUAAGGUGGGGCUUUCCCAGCGAGCCAGCCCCCUUUUGAAGACUCUGAUGGAAAGAGAGGGGAAGGAGGUUAGAGGCGUAGAGCUCUACAGUCACAAGUGUAGCGCUGCUGCGUCUGCGUCUGUGUCUGUCGCGUCUCUGCCUCUGCUGUGAGGCGCUCUCUCUGAACAGCGCUCUUGAACUGCUGUGUAGUUCACCUCACAGCCUCUCCAUGCACCUACUUGUAUACAACCCAGGGAUGGAGGGCACACUUUGAGGACACCUUGUAAGGAUGAACGCUCUUCCUGAACCCCAUAUGUUGAUCAAGAACUAGUGGUUAUUGUCUGAUGUUGUCUGAAGAGCUGGCGAUGGAGUGCCCCAAAAACAGCUGCCAUCACAGAGGCAUCCUAAUGAGAACAAAGCUGAGUGAACUGCGAUGAGAGGAAAAGGAAGGAGGGUGGGACCUCGGCGUGAGCAAUGUGAUUUCGCAACGCCUAAUGGCCAUAGCCGUCUUUGCAACAGCAGUGCUUGAGGCAGCAGCAGAAUGGAGGUUUGGCUGCCAACGUGGGCAGCGCUCUUGAUUCUCUGUGCAUCCUCCAUCAUGCAUUGUGUUGGCUGCAUAGACUUGUCCUGUGAGGGGAGGCUCACAGUGGAUCCUGGGCCCGUGGUGGAACGGGGCUCUUCCAUUGGCGUCCUCUGUCAGAUCAACGUGUGCAACGCUGGUCCUCGAAACCCCUUCACGGUGAAGCACAACGGACAUGCGCUGACUCUCCAGUGGUCUAACUGCUCCGCAGCCAGCUUCCACAUCUCACACCUGAGACGGCUGAGGUCAUCUCUGGUGUGUUCAGUGGGAUCCCAUGUGGUCUGCGGACUAGACCUAGAGUCAGGCUAUAAACCAGCCAAAGCAACCAAUUUUAGUUGUUUCACACAGACACGGUCGACCACAGUGAACUGCUCUUGGGAAAAAGGAAGGGAAACUCAUCGGCCAACAAGCUAUUCAGUUGUGUUCAACAGUGUCAAUGGGGAGCAGCUGUUUAAUUGUCAGAAGCCAAGUUGCAGCUCCAUCACAAUACCAAGAGCUGAGCUUAACGACAGCAUAGAGUACCAAGUGCAUUUGAAGGCAGUAAAUGACCUUGGAGACUCCAUUUCUGACCUUUUUACCUUCUCGUUAGGAGAUGCAGUGAUCCCAGACACCCCCAGCCUAACAGGGGUCAACUUCAGUCACGCUGGAGGAUCCCUCUUCCUCCUCACCUGGACCACCUCUGACUCCUCACCAUGUGCAUGGCACACUGUACGCCUCAACAGAGACAGCUGGAGCUGGGAGGUGAGUACCACCCUGAGGAAUGGAUGCAGUGUGACGGUGGAGGGUCUCAGGCCGAUGACCAGUUACCGGGUGGACCUGAAGGUGUGUACUCAUCAGGCUCCUAAGCCCAAAUGCAGUCUGUGGAGUGAGCCUGUUGAGGCGGUCACGCCAGGGAUCGCACCAUCACAGAAGCCUGAUGCUUGGAGGGCCGUUGGGAAGGAACAGUAUGGCUUUUGGAAUGUAACAGUGUUCUGGAAGCCCAUGGCAUCAAAGGACUUCCACCCACUACACUACGAGGUGUCCUACUGGCAGCAUGGGAAGAGAACACAUAAGCUCUGUCUUGUCAAUGUGUCAGCGGUGCAGCUGGAGCUCCCAUCCCUUGUGAAGCAGCUGAACCUCACUCUGGUGACGUCAGAAGGAAGGUCCCCUCCCGCCUCGCUCAGUCUGACACACACAGAUAUCACUGCCCCUGUACUCACGGUGUCAAAAUCAAAGGAGGACACUUUGCAUCUGUCUUGGUCUGUUGAAACACAGUCUGAAGCUGCUGGAUUCCUACUGGGAUAUGUCCUUCAAUGGCGAUGUCAUGACUCUCAGAUGCAGUGGGAGAGACUCUCCAGGGACCGUAACUCCACUUACAUCACAGGUUUGACGCCUGGUUGCAGAUAUGACUUGUUGUUACAUGCUGAAACCACCAGGGGGCUCUCCAAGCCUGCUUUUGCACACGCCUACUCCCUGGAGAUAAAGCCUCAGUCUGGACCAAAGGCCUUUAUUGAGACAUCUGACUCCAAGCACAUUACUGUCCAGUGGGAGGAACUGAAGACUGAGCAUCAGAGAGGCUUCAUCACUCACUAUACUAUCUACAUACGCAAGCAUGGCAUGGCAAACUUCAAAAGGCAAUUUGAGGUCGAUGCUUCAUCUCCAAGAAGGCAGCAGCUGGAGCCAAUGGACACAGGAUUUGACGUCAGCGUAGCGGCCUGGAACAGUGCGGGAGAGGGACCCAGAGGAGACCACGUCACCUACCUGCAGCCCAGAUCUCUCAGUGAUGACGUAUUUGUGGUGAUGUGGGUGGUGGCCGCUGUUCCCCUGGUCCUCAUUGCCAACCUCAUAUGCCUGAAAUGCGCCCGGAAAAGAAUGAAAGCUGUGUGUUCCACUCUCGGACCAGCAUGGCUUUUUGAAAAAUUCCCAAAGGUUGGAAAUAGCAAUGCCGUCAAAUUACUGCAGGACGAGAGGUGUGGCUCCACUUCCUUCUGGAUGUCGGUCUGCAGCGACUCGGACCCGCCCAUCUCGCCUGUGGAGGACAUAUCGGAACCCAUCGCAACCCAAACCUUCUCCUUCCCCCCGUCCAUCAAGGAAAAUGCGGAAACGUGUCUUCCUCCGGAGGUCCGCAUUGCCAAAGCAGACAUUGUGGAUCCAUACAAGCCCCAGUGGGCGGACUCGUGUGUGGAGGACUCCACCCUGCUGCCAGAGGAGGUGCAGCCUGAGGAGACCACACUGGAGGAGGAGGAGGUGGAGGAGGAGGAGGAGCGCUCUUUGUGGCUCCAACGGCCCUCCUCGGGGAAGGACAUCGGACUCCAAGAUGUGACCGUCGGAGGCUUCAAGGGUCUGGGUGUCAGUGGAGAUCUUCUUUGCCCUCUGUCACUUGUCCUCGGACAGACUGAGUGGUCCAUCGGUGAACAAGGAGGAGGAGGAGGGAUGAGAGACAUGGAUGGUUUCUCAUUGGCUCUGUUGACUGACAGACAGACGGAAUUGACCAAUGGUCUACUGAGCUCCCUGAAAGGGGACAUUCAGGACUCCUCUCCAGUGAACCCCUACUCUCCUCAGGGAUGUUGGAUUAAAGUUGCACAUAACUCCUGAUGAGGCUUACAGGACAACUGCGUUGUGCACACAUGAACAUGUAACACUUGAAUGUACAAUGUGAAUGUACAACACUGAGAUGGACACUUUUCUUCAUUGUCAAGCAUUAAAUAAGACUUUCUGUCCAUUCUGGGUCAAUGUAAAAUAAAUGUACUGUAAAUUGGA